AUGACGGGUACGGGCAGGGCGAUAGUCAGCACUCCGGCUAUGGCACACAGGGAGCCCACGAUUUUGCCUCCGACCGUAAUGGGCUUCAUGUCGCCGUAUCCCACCGUAGUCAUGGUUACCACUGCCCACCAAAAGGCGUCCGGGAUGCUCUGGAACUGUGAGGAGGGCUCAUCUGCCUCGCCCCUUGGAGUGUCGCGACAGUUUGAAAAUGCGAAAGACUCUGACCAGGCGGAUUAUUCUGAGGAUGGCAAAAGACAUAGUUUGCUGCCCGUUGCCUUGCUGUUGAGCCAGAUCCGUGCCAAGCGUGAUGAAGGGCUUCUCUUCAUCCUUCACGAAGCCCUCAUCCUCCCUGAACUUCAACAGCGCAUCCUCGCCCAACUCGUAAAACUUGACCUCCUCCGAGAAUAUAUCAAAGGUGUGAAGAGAGUAGAGAUGUGUCCUGCACUGUUCCUCCUCAUCCUGCUGUCCUGUACCACAUAUCACUAUGGUCACAGCUGCUCAUUGGAAAACAUCACAAUAGCGCUGGAUAAAGACAGCUGUGGAAACUGUUUGACUAUUAAUACCACAGUCUGUGCUGGGUUCUGCUUCACACAGGAUCCAGUUUACAAGAGCUCACUUGCACCUUUCAGCCAACAAACUUGCACCAUCAAAGAGGUGACCUAUGAAACCAUCCAGCUGCCUAACUGCACCGGGCAUGGGGACACGGUGUAUACCUACCCAGUGGCGCUCAGCUGUGAAUGUGGCCUGUGCCAUACAGACAGCACAGACUGUGGAUCUCCCACCUUUGGCUCGACUGAUUGCCCAACCAAGUAGAUUUACAGCCACUGGCUUACAGCUACAGCUCUUCAACAGUGUGGGUCAACGAAGCCCUCCUGGGGCCACUGAGACUGCCCGCCCGACACUAAAUAGCCAAGACUGAUGUCCUGUUUAAGGUACCACCCAGUUUUC